AUGACUACCACCUACCAGCCUCCCAUCGUGGGCCCCUACGACAAUCAUGUUCUCCCCUCUUACUCCUCCACUCUCCCGCAUGUGCGUGGCUCUGUGCCGUCCAUGAACGAAGUUUCCCGGGCGUCACAGUAUCCUAGAUAUGCCCCGCAGCAACAGCAAGCCCAGCUGCAACAGCAGCAGCAGCAGCAGCAGCAGCAGCAGCAACAACAACAACAACCAUACGCACACGCUACAAAUCUGUCCCAAAAUCCUGCGUCGGGCAUUUCUCAGUACUCCACCACCUCAAAACACUCCACACGAACCUCAACACCUGCUGCUGAGGGUAGCAUGUCUUCACAAAACGGUAGCACCUCAAGGCGGGGCUCACAGGCCUUGAUCCACCACAGCCUUCACGUGCCAAGCUGCAUCAACCCCAAGGGCGGCAACCUGGCUGAUUUCGCUGCGCAGAUCACUUGCCUCUUCUGGUUCGAAUCGAUGGAUACUCUGCGAGCUGCGGAAAAUGUUGGGUCACGGCCUGCAUCAGCAACAGUACCAAGGCUGACGAAGCACGCCAUUCCAUACCCUGCUUUCAAGAAAUGGGCGUACGGCGUUCUAUCGACUACUCAGGUCACGCAGAGUGUCAUAUUACUGGCUCUACUCUUCGUUUAUAGGUUGAAGAUGACUAACCCAGCGGUCAAGGGCCGCUCUGGCAGCGAAUACAGGCUGCUGACGGUAGCCCUCAUGUUGGGCAACAAAUUUCUGGACGAUAACACGUACACGAACAAGACGUGGGCCGAAGUCUCGGGCAUUUCCGUCCAGGAGAUUCAUGUCAUGGAGGUAGAGUUUCUGAGUAACAUGCGGUACAGCCUCCUGGCCACCAAGGACGAGUGGGAGGACUGGUUGGCCAAGCUCGCCUGUUUUUCCGAAUACUACGAGCGUGCCCUCAAGCAGCCGACGUCUCCAAUCGCCAUGUCAUCACCAACUUCCAAGGCGCUCUUCAGUUCUCCCCUACCAUCACCCACCCGGGCCGCCCAGACCACGUCGACGAUCCCUGCUCUCCCCGCCUCGGCUACCCCUGUCUACCAUAGCAACGUCAACCCCUCCCAUGGCCAAGCGUGGCCUACUAGCUAUCAGAAUCCCGCCCUGUCGCCGCUGCCUGCGAACACCGCCGUUAACAUGAUGUCUAAGAAGAGGGCACACGAGGAGGACCCGACAGAGCCGCCUGCGAAGCGCCUGAAUGUGCAGUCGAAUGCGAUGCCCCCUGCACGACCCCCCGUCGUGGGCGAGCAACCGAUACGGCUGCCAGUGCCGAAUCUGUCCCUCAACACCAACACACCAACUCCAGGCUCCGUGCAAUACAUGACACCGACUGCCUACGCGCCUCCUUCCCACGUCUCGCUCCCACCAUUAGUUCCCGGUGUACGCGCCAUGUCGAGCGUCUACCCCGCAAACGGGCCUGUGCCACCAGCGCAGCUGCCACUUCCUUCGACGACCGGGUCUGUCAUGCCGCAGGCUACUCUCACGCCGACGAUUGGCAUGCCAGUGCACCCAAGCAUGAGCUAUGGAACUCCGAGCCGGCGCCACAGCCCCGGCACUCUGGCGGCGUUUGGAUCAUCGCCUCUGGGCGACAUGUACGGAUCUGUCUCGGCAGUACACACGCCCAUAUCGCACACACCCAUCUCUCACUCGCCUAGUGUCUAUCUCCAACAGAGGCCCAGCCCGUAUAAGCCGGUACGCCACGUCAACACACUACUGUACCCACCUCCGUCCGCCUCUCUCCACGAGUACCACAUGUCAGCGGCAGCCGCGCCACAGAUGCACUAUCAGCCUCUCGGCCGCCGCAACGACCUGCGAACCGGCGUCGUUCCAGAGUACAUGACACUGGGCUAUCGCAGUGCGCAGCCUGUGCAGCAGAUGAUGCCGCACGGCCAACAGGGCCACCAUCUCAACUAG